CCAUUGUUUGGAGCCGGCAAGCUGGAGUCGGAAAUGGAGUCCCGUGGGUCCGGGGCCGCGGCUGUUGGACAGCGCCUCCUCCAGGCUGAGCCCUCAGAGAAGAACCGGCUUCCGGUGGUUUUGAGCGGCCGAGGGGGAAGAGCGCUGUGCUGGUUCACCACCAUGGUGCUGAACGCCGCCUUCCUGGGGAUGGGAGUGAGCGCGGCCGUGUUGGGCCCCACCUUUCCCGACCUGGCAAGGAACGUGAACCGGAACAUCAGCAGCCUCUCCGAGGUGUUCGUGGGCCGCGCCCUCGGCUACAUGGGUGGCUCUGUGGUCGGCGGGGUGCUUUUCGACUGCAUGAAUCAUUUCCUACUUUUGGGGCUGUCAAACCUGUUCAUCUCGGCUGGUCUUUACCUCACUCCUUUAUGUAAGACAGCAGCCUCGUUGACGGCCAUGAUGUCUGUGACUGGUGUCUCCUUUGGCAUUCUGGAUGCAGGUGGGAAUGUCCUCAUCCUGGAUCUUUGGGGGGACAAAGGAGCCCCCUAUAUGCAGGCCUUGCACUUCAGUUUCGCGUUGGGUGCCUUUCUGGCGCCCCUGCUGGCUAAACUGGCCUGGGGCACAGCAGCAUCUGCUCAGAACCACACCAAGUCUGACUUUGACCCUCUAAUGCUGAACCGAUCCUCUGAAGCCGCCUCAGACUCUGUGUUUGCGGUACCUGAUGACAUGAAUCUCCUGUGGGCAUAUGCUUCCAUAGGCACCUAUGUUUUAGUCGUUUCUGUCUUUCUCUUUGCUCCAUUCUUUAAGAAAAGUUCAAAGCAAGAAAAAGCCACAGCAUCUGCACAGGUAGUUCGAAGGGCCAAAUAUCACUGGGCCCUGCUCUGCCUCCUCUUCCUCUUCUUCUUCUUUUACGUGGGAGCUGAAGUGACUUACAGCUCUUUUGUAUUCUCCUUUGCCACCACCCACGUUGGCAUGGAAGAAAGCAAGGCAGCUGGCUUGAACUCCGUCUUCUGGGGCACCUUUGCAGCCUGCAGGGGCCUGGCCAUCUUCUUCGCAACACUCUUACGGCCUGGAACCAUGAUCGUGCUGAGCAACAUUGGCAGCCUGGCCUCAUCUUUCUUUCUGGUGCUUUUUGACAAAAGCCCUCUCUGUCUCUGGAUUGCGACAUCUGUGUAUGGAGCCUCAAUGGCAGCCACAUUUCCCAGCGGCAUUUCCUGGAUCGAGCAGUACACCACCUUAACUGGGAAAUCCGCAGCGUUUAUUCUGAUUGGUGCUGCCCUGGGAGUAAUGGCUACUCCUGCAUUAUCUGGAAUUCUUCAAGGACACUAUCCAGAUCUACCAGUGAUCCUGUACACUUGCCUGGGGUCAGCAGUAUUCACAACCGUUUUAUUCCCCGUGAUGUAUAAAUUAGCCAUCUUACCUCUGGCUCGCAAGCAGAAAAAAAGCAUCAACAUUGAGGGCCAGAAAUUUUUACUUUCUAGCUCUGGGCUACAGGGGAGGAAAUGAAAAGAUGAAGAAAAUGCAAUU